AUGUCGAUACAGACCGACCAUGAGGGUGGGGCCAGAUCUAGGGCUACUAAAGCGGCCGCCGCGCAAACCAACCAAAGGAAACGUGCGGCGGGGAAGAAGGCUGAGGUUGGAACGAAGAAGUCCGGGAAGAAGGCGGAGGACAAGGGGAAGCAACCAACGGCACGCAAGCGUGUUUCGGCCGUGAAGAGCGAUGCGGGUGUUGCCACUGCUGCCCUCGAGCCCGGUCCUUCCGACGACGGCACCAUCGGCGGGAACGAAGACCCUGGGCGUGGCGGCGUGAGUGUUGCCGUCCGGCCGGGGGACAGAGAGGGCUUGGCGACUGGAGGAAAGCACGGCGAGGCUCCCGGCGACGACCAGGCCGCAACUGUGGUGUCCGUGGCAGAGGCAUCACAGCAGCAUAUGACGCUGCUCCCCCCGCCCGUGGUCGAAGUAUCUGCUACAGUGAUAGAUAAGGAGAAGAAUGCCGCGCACGUUUGCACGGAGGAGCCGAAACACGACAUUGCCGACGUCGGUGGAUCUCCUCCCUCUGGGGGACGCGGGAGGCGUAGGCAGAGGAAGAGCGAUGGGGAGGAGGAGUAUGACACCCCCGUGGCCGAGGACAUCCCCAUACGCGCAAAGAGGAGGCAGACGACAGCCAGCGGUGACGACGCCGGUGGUGCUGAAAUCAUGCUUUGCGGCAAAAGGGCCGACCCGGUCCGCGGAAACCAUCUAGCGGACGGGGGGGGCAAGCAAGCCUCGAGGGGGAAGAGGCCGAAGCGCGGCAAAGAAGGCCCUGGUGAAGCGGAUGUUGAGGACGAGGGGGAUGGGGAGGAGGAGGCCGAGGAGGAUGCGGAGGAGGAGGACGAGGAUGCAGGGGAGGAAGAAAAGGACGAGGAUGAGCAGGAGGACGACGAUGAUGAGGAGGAGGAGGAGGAUGAGGAUGGCGACGAGGGGAAGGAGAAGGAGGACGAUGAGGAUGAGGAUGAGGACGAGGAGGUGGACGAUGAGGGGGAUGACGAGCCUGAGGAGGAAAAGAGUGAGGAGGAGGAGGAGGAGCAGGAGGAGGAGGAGGAGGAGGAGGAGGACGAGGACGAGGACGAGGAGGAGGAGGAGGAGGAGGAGGAGGAGGAGGAGGAGGAGGAGGAGGAGGAGGAGGAGGAGGAGGAGGAGGAGGAAGAGGAGGAGGAUGAUGGUGAGGAGGAGGAUGAGGAGGAGGAGGACGACGUGGAGGAAGAGGAGGUGGAGGAAGGGGCGGAUGAGGAAGAGGAGGAGGAGGAGGAGCCGGCAGGGAAAGGACGGGGCGCGCGAGGCAGACGGGGGAGUGGCACAGGGAAGGUGGGGGGCCGGUCUGUGAAGGAGAAGGUUGACGAAUCGGCUAAACCGGCCCCCCGUGUUACAGGCAUUGGGCCACCGGUAAGCGUGCAACGGAUGCAGCUAACGAAAGGGGCCGGAAGAGCGAGUGUGGCACCGCUAUCCACAGGAGCACCAAGGUUCUUCACGCCAUACUCCGGCCCGAGCAAAGUCGCUGCGACUGCACCCGGCGCGGCUACAGGAGAGGAAUCCGAAUCCCCUCCACCAGCCCCCGUCACGCACUCCCCACUCGCCUCUCCCUCUUACCCAUUUCGGCCACUACACGCUUCUCCUGUCCGGGGCAGGGCGGUCUCCCCCCUCGCUGGUCCAUCGCGCGGGCAUCAACCAAGCACUUCUGCCAAUCCCUUCCCUGAGCCUCCCUUUCCCCGCCAGCGUGAUAGUGUGAGGGCACACGGGGCUGCUGCUGAAGACGUUGAUCCCCUUGGCCAGAGAGGGGUUUCUACACACCCUUUUCCGGAUGUCAUGGAUGCGCUGGGCGAAGGUGCAGAGCAUGGGCAGUUUGUUACACGAGACGAGUUCCAGCAGCUACGGUCUGAGAUGUACGCCAUGUUUGCUCAGCUCGGCCUGCGUCGUGGAGCAACUGCCAGCUAUGCCGGGGGGACUGCAGUGGUGCCUAUGGCUGGUACCCCGCCGCCGAUGAGUGCCGUGGACAGGGCACGUGUGCUUGUGCUUCGGGAGACCAACCCAUUCCCGUAUUACCCUGCACCGGAGGAAGUGUUCGAGGCCUUCGCUGUCCACUUGUCUGCCGAGGGGCUAGAGUCAAUGAAGCUGCUGUGGUUGCACAACGACAAGUCAACCAUGGGUGUUUUCAACCACCAGAUGUCAUCAACCAGGUCAACAAUCAACACCACCCUCAGGCCAGCAACGUACGCCGGCAUGGGUCUCUCCGAUUACGCCAAUGCGGUGGAUUGCCUGCCCACUGAGCUACACCCAAAGAAGUGGUUCAACGACGAGCAACUCCUGGCGGAGUACAGAGAUGAACAGUGGGCCCUCAACUGGCACUUUGACAAGGCCACCGGAACACCCUUCAGCAACCCCUUGUUUGCUUAUGCGUUCAAGCUCUCCUUCAAGAGGAGCGGGGUCGUGUUCACCAAGUUCAAGAGCCGCAUGGUGGCAUGGGGCCUGUUUUCGCUGGAGCAUAUACCCGUAACCCCCCCUCAUACACCAUCCACCCAACCCUACACCACAUUGCAGAUCGAGUGGCCCCUUCUGCAGGACAAGCGCCGCAAGCGAAUUCCGGCCCAGCCGGAACAAAACAGGCCGGACUACUUCGAAUGGUGUGACAAGGUCAAACAGAUGAUACACUUUGCCGUCGUGGAGCGACGCAUCCCACACGAUCCGGCUCGGGGUGCGUUCGUCUUCCCGAACAAGUUCCUCAUCGACGAUGGCGACCUUGGAGAUGUUGUUCUUGCCCACCGGGCGCUUGCAGGGCCCACCAUUGAGUAG